AUGUCUUACUAUGAUCGUUUCUUCGCUAAAAGCCUGGCAAAAUAUACAAACCCACAAAUUGUUAGAAGAGAUGUCACUUCCGCUUUGGAGGCUUACAAAGAAUUACGCCCUAAAUUUGAGGAUUUCAUCCAGAAUGAUGGGACUUCCAAGAAGCUUGUGAGCUUAGAUGGUACUAUUCCAGUCCGUUACAUGGGAUCUACAUAUAACAUUCCGAUUGCCAUAUUUCUGUUUGAAGUUUAUCCACAUAAGUCACCUAUGGUGUAUGUGAGGCCUACGAAUACAAUGCAGAUAAAACCAAGUGAUUUCGUUGAUAGUGCUGGCCUUGUACAAUUGCCUUAUAUGACAGACUGGAAGCAUCCGGAUACAGAUCUUAUUGGGUUAAUAUCAGUGCUUCAAAUUGUAUUCGGGGAGAAGUCCCCAGUAUUUUCCAAGUCUACUCCUCUGUCCAAACGGCAAAUACCUUAUCCAGGUAACUUGCCACAACCACCGAUCCCUGUUACAACUAACGGCCAAGGUUCAAAUUUGUAUUUACCUCAACUUGGCACUGGAUGGCAAAUACCCAGUUCUGUACCUCCUGUCCCUUCUAUGCCCAUGCCUCAACUGCCCAAUUUUGCCAGUCCUUUUACGCAGACCUCAAAUCCAAGCGUAUACCCUAUGCCUGGUCAAAGCAUGUCUAUGCCAGUAGGUCCAGAUCUUUCCAUUACAACCAAUACACCAUAUAACUCUGGUACCCUAAAUGAAGAACAACUAAGAAUGUCUGUACUAACUGCUGUAGUCGAUCAAGUUCGUCGAGUGCAGAAAGAACUUAUCUAUCAACACCAAGAUGAUUUACAAGCUAUACGUCAAACACAAACUGGUCUGUUUGCUGGUGGUCAGAAGAUUCAAGAAAUGAUCAACAAGAUGCAACAGGAAAAAGAGCGCGUUUUUUUAGAAAUAGAAUCAUUGAAGCAAAAAACUAAAGAUUUGGAAGAGACUUCAAAUAAACUAAGGAAAUCUGAUUCUAAUUUUGUGGUGGAUGAGGCUGUGGAUACAACUGCACCACUUUAUCGACAACUAGUUGUUUCAUUUGCUGAAGAACAAGCAAUCGAAGAUGCAAUUUAUUACCUUGGAGAAGCGAUGGGUAAAAAUGUGUUAGAUGUUGAAAUUUACUUGAAGAAAGUACGAGAAUUGUCACGUAGACAGUUUAUGCUGCGAGCCACUGUUCAAAAAUGUCGUGAGAAAGCAGGCCUACCGCUUUUCUAA